AUGGCAAGUGGCUGUGUUGAACACGUGUCGGCGCACAAAUAUUCCCAUGUUCUAGAGUCUACUAAGAGCAUAGCCACUGAGCCCAGUGUAUCUCAGCUGCUCCUGUCCACUCCGAUGCAUCCCGCUUUGCAAGUAGCAGAGCUACAAAGCCUGGUCGCCUCUUUCGUUGAAGACAAAUCAAGCCUUUCCAAUCUUGCCAGAGUCAACAAGUCUUUCAAAGAGCCUGCGCUUGACGCCCUUUAUGCGCAUAUCGACUGUCUCGCGAGCUUUAUUGGGUGUUUGCCUCGAGAUCUAUGGGUUUUGAAGGUGGAUCCAACGCACAGUUUUGGCGCGAAUCGGAAAUUAGUGCUCACUCGUCAGUUGACAAAAAGAGACUGGAACGUCUUGGUUUCAUACACUGCGCGGAUUAUCACCCUCAAAGAAAACUUCAGGGGAGAGGGUCCAAUCCCAGUCCUCUUUCCUAAAUUGCGCUCGCUCGACGUACACGUGGUUGAAGGGGCUCACUAUGCACUAGUGGCUUCCACCCUUCUUGGUCCCCAACUCAUACAUCUCAGAGUAGAGGAUAGAAACCGCCGCCAAGACGCCUUUCUCACUUACGCCCCAAAGCUUGCUAUCACCAGCCCUUUAAUGCAGAACAUCCAGCUACCCUCCCGAACCACUUACCCAGAUGCGUCCCUUGCUAUGUCGGAGACCUUGAAGUCCUGGAAGAACCUUUGCUCCGUUAAUUGUGGACCCUUGGAUGAUAACGUCAUCACCCACCUCAGCGAUCUCCCUCAUCUUCACACGCUGGCCGUGUACGCGGCUCAGUCCUCCCACUGGAUAAACUCGACGUGUACUGCGUUAUUGCGGAGCUUGAAGACGUUGAGGAUAUCGACAGAUUGUGGUACCACAGCUGUGCGAGUCCUUGAGCGUCUUCUUUCUGACCCACGCCCUUCUCGUUCAUCCAGUUGGCAUGUCGGGCUCACAAGCAUUCAUUGCUCAACCCUAGAUCCCACUUCAUUCCACGCCUUUGCCACAGUUCUCCAGCGUACGUGCUCUGACGACCUUUCAUCUAUCGAGAUGUCGGGCCAGGGACUCUUCCAAGAGGAAGAAGAAGAUAAAACUCCCUUCAACCUUUACGAGACACUCACCUCCCUGUCAUCAUUCAACAACCUCGCCGACAUCUAUCUCGAGACUCCUUACACUCCAAUGACACUGUCUACCGAUCAGCUGCUCGAACUAGCCCCUCGUUGGCCACGCUUAGAGACCCUGCAUGUCAAUCCCCUCCAACACCCUAUCACGUUCUCCGCCCUCGUCGACCUCAUACGUUCUCUCCCCGUCGCAACCGAGGUCUCCGUUGCUGCAAUCAUUUCGCUCUCAGACCUCACCUUCUUCACGGCUACUGCGUCCUUACACCUGGCGUUCUCCCGGAUAGACGAUGUGGAGCCCGUGGAAGACUACGAAGACGGCGAUUUUUGGGACCUGGUAUUCUCAUCUCAGGAAGCUAUCAGAGAGCUGUCUCACAGGGGGAUUUAA